AUGAGCGUCGACCCGCUCAUUGUCGAUGCCUAUUUACGACUAACAAACCGCUUCGCUUCGGAAUUCGGAAAUGAAACGGAAUCCAUCAGUUCUCUCUCGGAUCUCUGGGAGAAACAAGACGUCAUGGUUUAUCGCUUGAUGGGGAUCGAUAAGAAGUCAAUUGGAUCAGCCGAUCGAUCGGCGGACUUGUUCUACGAUGUUCUUCACCGAAAAAUUAGGAUGGGAAAUGGAUCUCUAGCCGAAGCAUUAGAUCCCAGAGAAGCAGCUCGUGGAAACCUCCUAGAAAUCUGCAAAUUUUAUGCUCUUAUCCUCGAAGUCUUACGCAAAGACGACUCGAAUCAUCUGACGAACAUACUGGAGCCCUUAGCGCAACAAACUGGAUUCAACAGCAGUGUACUUCUGGAUACGUUCACACACUUUGACAAUCUAUAUUCCGAAGAUACAGUUGACGAAUGGUGGUCGUGUCUCAUGUCGACGGACGAUUCUGAGUUGUUGAAUGGGCUGAGAACACCAACUAGGAACAGUUUGAGUGCAGCUGCAUUCGCCACACCCACAGCAACAGCUCGUCGUCUCCGUACAGCCACAUCUACUGCGCGUAGAAGUCCUAUAGCCGAAGCAGUCGAUUCGCCAACCAUGAAGUUCAUGCGAAGCGAACGAGAUCUGAAGCAAGCGAAGAUUGCUGUUCGCGUUGCAGAGCAGCAGGCAGAAGAAUUGGAGCUGGACAAUCGAGAGCAAAAGAAGCAGAUCAAUCAGCUGAAGUUGACCUUUCGUUAUUUUAGGAACGAAGAGUUGAAAAGAGAAAUCGCUGAAAAACGAGAGAGCGCGGAAGACGCGGAACUCCGUGCUCAGGAAACAUCGGCAGCUCUCGAAGCGAAACAACAAGAAGUGGAUACUUUGCGCCAGCAACUAGAGAAAUGUAGAGAAAUACUCCGUUUAGAACAACGUCAUCUAGAAGUUUCCGAAGCAGAGAAAGAGACCAUCGCUUUAAAGUUUGCGACUGCGUCGGAAGAUCUUGAAAAGUGUAUGAAGGAGAUGAGAAGGCUUCGAGAUUCAAACGAGCAAGAGUCUGAUAGUUAUCGCCAAAAAGAACGAGAACUCACCGACAAGCUUCGAACCGCCAAAACCGAGAACCAAUACCUUACUGAGCAUCUGAGCAACCUAGAAAUGCAUAAGACAAGUCUUCAGGCUGAAAAUGACCGCUUGAAGGAAACCGUCGAAGAACUGAGUCUUACUUCCAGUCGCUACAAGCAGGAUGCUGACAAUGCAAUGACUACGUUGGGUGACGAAAGAGAACGACUCAAGCAAACUAUAUCCACUCUUCAACGAGAACAUGUGGAAAGAAUGAAUAUGUCCAAAUCGACUAUCGAAAGGAUCCAGAGAGAACUUGAGGAAGAAAGAAAGGAUAAAAAUGAAUUGAGUUCGUUGCUCAAUGAAUUGAAUGAGAAAGCGCUCGGUACGGACAAGGAAACUCACGACCAGGCCGAAGGAUUUCUAUCUGCAAGAGCUUGUCUCGAAGGAGCAAAGAAACGUAUCCAGCAACUGGAAUUAGAAUUGAAGGGUAAAGAAGGGUUCAACGCAGUUUUGGAGAGACAAAUCGAAAAGUCCAAAGAAAUCCUUCAAACUGAGCUGAUGAUCCGAGAGCAAUCAGCCAUCCAAUUCCACAAUGUCAAGGCUGAACUGGAAGAGCAAUCGGUAAAUAAGGAUAGGGAGAUUGUCUUACUGAAGGAAAACAUGCAAAAUUUGAUUGCUAGACAUCAGAAUCAGAUGGAGGAACAGCAAUCAGCACUCAAGGCAUGCGAGAAGCAAAUCGAAGAGCUAUGCCAACAAGUUGAGGAACUGACCUCAAAAAGCUCCGAAGUCGGACAAAAGAACUGCUUUUUGGAGGAGAGGAUCAAGCUCUUCGAGAAUAUGCCGCGAUCGCCGACCAGAAGAUCCGCUUCGCCCGACAGUCUCCUGGAAUUCGUGGCGACGGAAGAGCCUGCAGAGACUGAGGAAGAAUCGAGAAGAAACGUCGAACAAACUCCACGGAAAUCAGUUGCGUUCAGUGUCGAUCUCAAUUUGACUGAAAAGGGAACUCCAAUUGGAUUCAAGAGCAAUCCACGUGAUUCGAUAUGUUCCAUGGACUUCUUCGACCGUAGUUCAACGGCGCGUUCAUCCAUGAUCUCAGACACGUUGACAAUCGGCUCCAACCAAGAUUUCAAGACCCCAUUCACUCCAUCAGGAACCUCGAAGGAAAGAGUCUCAUUGUUGGCCAGUCGAAACGAAAGCGUCAAACCGCACUUGCGGUCAGCUUACACCGUCGAAAUGUCGAAUGUGAAUUCGCCGUCGGGAGAUGAGGAGAACGUUCGAAGAGGUGGUGCUGCUGGAGAGAAGAAGCAAAAGAAGAGACGUGAUUCCAUCAUGUCUAUUUUUAAGAGCAAAAACUGA